AUUUUAAAUCUAGAUAUAUAAUAUUAUUACAAUAAUCUAUGAAAUAAUGAUAUCUAUAAUAAACUAUGAUGGAUGAUAUUUAAAUGAUGUAGUAAAACAGUUGUGGUAAAAUGAGUUUUUUUAUCCCCACUGUUUAUGGCGACAUUCCUAAGAAACGUAGUGGUCAUGCUGCUGUUUUUUUUAAUGGUCAGUUAAUUGUUUUUGGCGGUUAUGGAGAUUCUGACGAAGAAGAUAUUGGGCAGCAGCUCUGCAAAAACAUUUGGUCAUACAAUAUAGAAAUAUCACAAUGGACUAAGCACGUUACAAAAGGUAAACAUCCUGGAAAAUCUACUGGGUCCAGUGCAAUUUUGUUAGGGCAUAAUGUGUAUUUAUUUGGAGGUUUUUACAAGCAAUCUGGUCAAACAAACAAACUUUAUUGUUUGGAUUUAACCUCUUUAACAUGGUCAGAGCUCACUGAGCAAGUUCAAGGAGAUGGGCCAUCGGCAAAAGAUAAAAUGUGCAGUUGGAAAAUAGACAAUAAGAUUAUUUAUUUUGGAGGUUUCGGGGCUCCCCCAAAUAAUAUAUCACAAAUGAAGGGGGAAUUUUAUUUUGAAGAAUUUCCACAAGGUUUUUGUCGAGGAUUCGGUUGGAAUAACCAUCUUCAUAUUUUAGAAUGCGGAGAUGUGUUGGAGUGGAAAGAGCCCAGUUGUAUUGGUAACCGACCAUCGCCUCGAGCUGCAGCUUCUUCGUCACAACUUGGUUAUCGGGGUUAUUUAUUUGGCGGACGAUUUAAAGAAGAACGACGAAAUGAUUUAUUUACUUUAGAUUUGCGAACCUAUGAGUGGACUGAAAUUAAUAUUUUUUCACAAAAACCACACGGUCGUUCAUGGCAUGCCAUGGCCCCUAUCAGCGAUAAUCAUUUGUUUGUAUAUGGAGGAUUUGAUAAUAAUGGAAAUGCUUUAAAGGAUGUUUGGAUUUUUGAUUGUGAAAAUAAAACUUGGAAUGAAAAAGAGAAUGCCUCUUCUUCUUUUGGAGUAGCGCUUGCUCCUCGAAUGUGGCAUACAGCAUGUAAUACAGAUCAACCUGGUGAAAUAAUAGUUUUUGGUGGUUGUUCCAACUCAAUCUUGAGUUACGAAACCUGUUUGCAUACAAACUCUGUUGCAUUUUUUAGAUUUUCACCUUUGUCUUUGCAAAAAAUGUGUACAGAUUACGUAAUUCAACAUUAUAACAUAUACAGAAAAUCACUAGAGUUAUUACCUAAAAUGCUGCGCUGGGCUAUCGACUAUCGUUAUCGUAUGAUACGUAACAAUCCUCGUGGUAAAUUAGUAAAAAAUUGUACUAGUAUGUGACUUUUUUGCACAUAUAAUCACUGUAAAAAAUUUUACAUAAAAAUCUUUCACAUAAAAAGUUUAUAAUUUGUAAAGUAA